GUGACCGUUUGCGCCCCGGAAGUAAUCCUCAGUGGAGUUUUUGAAAGGGUUAGUGUGGCGGAGCUCCUGCGAUCGUUGUUCUCGCUUAUAUCGGUUCACGGUUCGUGUUCCGGCUGCCGGGGCUCACCGGGCGGCUGCGUAUCCCCCUCCGGUCGGCUCCUGCUGCGUCUUCCGGCCCGCGGACUGUCCUCCGGCCGGGACCGGGCUGCUGGGCGACAUGGCGGCCGCAGGCGGCGCGGUUCAGCCGCACGUCGGUGAUGUAGAAGAAGACGCUUCUCAGCUGCUGUUUCCUAAAGAGUUUGAGAACGCAGAGACGCUGCUGAACUCGGAGGUGCACAUGCUGCUGGAACACCGGAAGCAGCAGAAUGAGAGCGCCGAGGAUGAGCAGGAGCUGUCCGAGGUCUUCAUGAAGACCCUCAACUACACGGCCCGGUUCAGCCGCUUUAAGAACCGGGAGACCAUCACGGCCGUGCGCAGCCUCCUGCUGCAGAAGAAGCUCCACAAAUUUGAGCUCGCCAGUUUGGCCAAUCUGUGUCCAGAAGCUGCCGAGGAGGCCAAAGCCCUGAUCCCCAGCUUGGAGGGUCGCUUUGAAGACGAGGAGCUGCAGCAGAUCCUUGAUGACAUCCAGACCAAGAGAAGCUUCCAGUACUGAAGGUCGACUGACAUGGUCCAACAAGCGCUUCGCAAAUAAAACCAGAUUUAUUUUUGACUCCUUUUUCUGACGCAUGCUCAGCUUUGCUCUGUAAAUGAUCUUUCUGCUUUAUUUCUGUGGUUGUGAGCAGUAACAGUGAGACUGAGGUAAAGAACUGUUGCUGAUGGACUUUUUUAAUAAAUAAAGGUGUGGGUGUGAAA